AUGCCGCAUCCGAAGGUCGAAAAGAUCAAUACCAACACAGAUUCCGCCUUGACCAAGAAUCCAAUGACACAGACACCCACAUCAGCUAAACCCUCCGAGGAGGAAAUCAAGGCCUACAGGGAUGUGUUUGCCCUUUUUGACAAAGAUGGAAGUGGAACAAUCACUGCCCAGGAACUCGGCGAGAUCAUGCGAUCGCUGGGCCAGAACCCAUCGGAUUCGGAGCUCCAGGACAUGAUCAACGAAGUCGACAUCGACCAUUCUGGCAGCAUAGAUUUCGAUGAAUUUCUCAAAAUGAUGUCCACGACCGUCCGAGCGCAGGAUUUUGCGCACGAGACUCGCGCGGCCUUUGAUGUCUUCGACAAAGAUGGCAGCGGCACCAUUUCGGCCGACGAGCUCCGCCAGGUCAUGAAGUCUCUCGGCGAGAAUCUCACUGACGCCGAGAUUGAGGAGAUGAUCCGCGAGGCCGAUAAGGACAUGAAUGGCACGAUAGAUUACGAAGAAUUCGUGCAACUGCUCUCACCGAAACCAUAA